UAAUCUGUGUUAAAAACAAAGUUAUCAAUAAAAGCAUAACGUAUCAAAAAGCGUUACGCAAAAAGACUUUCAAAAACUGAUAUAUUUAUGAAGUUUUCCAUUGAAUGAAAUCCGAUAGUAAGAUAUAUUUCCUACAAGCGGUAUAUAACUUUAAAAGCGAUGAAUUGUUCCAAUGGAAAUAAAUAUUACGUUACGAAUGUCGAUAAUAUUUUGUGAGGUUAUGUUUUUGUUAAAUCGAAAAUUUUUCAAUUUCUGGUAAAAAAACACGUGGAAGAAACAGCAAUCCCGCGCAUGCCAUUUAAAUAAUGUGCGACUAAUAUCGUAUUUAAAUACAGUCUUAAACAAUCGUCACUUUUUUCCUAUUUGGAUCAACGGAAAAUCAUAGUCCCUGUUAUAACCAUCGCUUUGUUUGAAAUUUUGGAAGAAAAGAAGAAUUUUUUAAAGAUGGGUCGUACAGUGACGGUAGCAGUUUGUUCGCUGAAUCAGUGGGCAUUGGAUUUCGAUGGGAAUUCCAGGAGAAUCUUGCAAUCUAUUCAAGAGGCUAAAGAUGCUGGCGCUACUUAUAGAAGCGGACCGGAGCUAGAAAUUUCUGGUUACAGUUGCGAGGAUCAUUUCUACGAGUCAGAUACAUUGCUUCACAGCUGGGAAGUACUCGCGACGAUUCUUAAAUCACCGGCGGCCGAGGACAUGCUGGUAGAUGUUGGUAUGCCGGUCAUGCACAAGAAUGUGACGUACAACUGCAGAGUGGCAUUUCUGAAUCGACGAAUUUUGCUUAUCAGACCCAAGAUGCAAUUGUGCGAGGACGGCAAUUAUAGAGAAUCCAGGUGGUUCUCGCCGUGGACCAAGGAACGCACGGUGGAGGACUACUUUCUGCCUAGAAUGAUAUCUCAGAUCACUAACCAGACAGUGGUGCCGUUUGGCGAUGCUGUUAUUUCAACCAGGGACACGUGCGUAGGUUUCGAAAUUUGCGAAGAACUCUGGAGCCCGAUGAGCAAUCAUAUUCCAAUGUGUUUGGAUGGUGUUGAAAUUAUCGCAAAUGGUAGUGGAUCAUAUUUCGAACUACGGAAAGCUUACGUCACCGUAGACUUAGUUAAGUCGGCUACAUUCAAAUCAGGUGGAUGUUACAUGUUCAGUAACUUGAGAGGAUGUGAUGGUUCUAGAUUAUACUUCAGUGGUGGAUCUUCUAUUACUUUGAAUGGUCAGAUCUUGAACCGUGGUAAGCAGUUUGCAUUGGAUGAAGUGGAAGUCAUUGUGGCAACUUUUGAUCUCGAGGAUAUAAGGAGCUAUAGAAAUAACAUUAGGUCAAGGUCUCAUUUAGCUGCCAGACAACCAAGCUAUCCACGCAUAAAGGUGGAUUUUGCUCUAACUUCCGAUAUUUUGAUUUCAAUUCCUCCAGAUCGACCGAUCGAUGUGGACUUAGGUCCUUAUGAAGAUGAAAACGCAACAGGAAAACUUGUUUAUCAUAUACCAGAUGAAGAAAUUUCGUUGGCCCCUGCAUGCUGGCUCUGGGACUAUCUAAGGCGCUCUUGCCAAGGUGGAUUUUUCUUACCCUUGAGUGGUGGUGUCGAUUCUGCGUCAUCAGCGUGCAUGGUUUAUUCCAUGUGUGAUAUGAUCGUGGAUUCGGUUAACAAAGGAGAUGCACAGGUAUUGUCAGACAUCAGGAAAAUAGUCGGAGACUGUGAAUAUGUACCGACUGAUCCAAAACAGCUGUGCAACACCCUUCUUGUCACAUGCUAUAUGGGUACUGAAAAUUCAUCAGCCGAAACAAAGGCGCGAGCAGCUGAACUCGCUAAUCAGAUUGGCUCUUAUCAUCACAGUAUAGUAAUCGAUGUUGCUGUGUCUGCCAUUCUAACGAUUUUCCAACAAGUCACUAAGCUGACACCGAGGUUUAAGGUGCAAGGAGGGUCUCCUAGAGAAAAUUUAGCUCUGCAGAAUAUCCAGGCACGCUUGAGAAUGGUGAUAGCUUAUUUGUUUGCCCAAUUGAUGCUUUGGGUCAGAGGACGACCGGGUGGUCUUCUGGUAUUAGGGAGCAGUAACGUUGAUGAAGCGCUUCGUGGGUAUUUUACCAAAUAUGAUUGCAGCAGUGCCGAUAUCAAUCCUAUCGGUGGAAUUGCAAAAAACGACUUAAAGUCAUUCCUUUCUUACUUUAGGAGAAAACAUGGAAUAACUGCUUUAGAUAAAAUCUUAGACGCUCCUGCUACCGCAGAAUUGGAACCUCUUCAAGGAGGACAGCUUGCGCAGCUUGAUGAGAUCGAUAUGGGUAUGACGUACAAGGAGCUUGGUAUUUUUGGACGUUUAAGAAAACAGGAUUGUGCAGGUCCCUUCACAAUGUUCUGCAGACUCGUCCACAUGUGGGAUAAAUGUACCUCAAAAGAAGUGGCAGAUAAAGUGAAACACUUUUAUAGAUGUUAUGCUAUAAAUCGUCAUAAAAUGACUAUCUUGACACCAUCUUGUCACGCCGAGACUUACAGUCCCGACGACAAUAGAUUCGAUCAUCGACCUUUCUUGUACAAUCAUACGUGGAAAUGGCAGUUUAACGCAAUCGACGAACAGGUGAAAGGUCUUCUCAACGAGGAGAAAUCACCGAGAGGUCGAAAGGACGUGCCGAAAGUACCUGCGAAGCCCAGAUUCAUGCCGUUCAGCUCCGUAAUCAGUAGUGAGUAAAUAAAAAAAAGACAAGUGUACGAUAUCGCUGAUGAAGCUCGAGUCGUGGAGGAGACGAAAGCACCGUGAAAUCGUUUCUAAGAGAUCGAUUUCCUUGCUUGUUUACCGAGCUAAACAGCGUUAAUCGACGAAUAAACACCGAUCUCGCAGAGUCGAAGUCGAGCAGGCCGCCGACAAACGACCAUCCAGUAAUUUUGACCCACCGUGUGCAUACUCGUUCGUUGCAUCUCUACCGAGGAAUCAUCACACACCGGCAUCAUUCUCUGUUGCAGAUAAAACACAUCCUGGAGUAGUAGUUUAACCGUAGCAGUAUCUCUGUCUCUUAUCAUUUUGAUAUUGCAGCCUUGCGAGAGCAUCGAAACGCAAGUUUGGUAGCUGACCAUUUGUGCGUCCGACCAGUUCCUUGUAUCAUCGGCUCUGUUUCUUCUGUUAGAGAUUCCUCCACGAAGAAUCUUUGGUUACGCUUUGCUAUGAAGAGAUUGGUGAACGGAAAGAUUGCAUGACUCAUAGGUUGUAUUAUAUUAAUGCAACUAAUGGACAGAAAUACAAAUAAUUAAAGAUAUGCAAAUUCCACAUAUAUACAUAUAUUUAUAUAAAUUGUAUGUAAUUAGUUCUUAAUACCUAUGAUCAUCCUCUUCAGACGUUCCAUAUAUAAGGUAUCAAAAAUAAACAUAGUUGCAGAAAUAAAUUGACACGUGUGCAUAUAA